GGGAGCUGCCAGAUACUCAUCAUGAUCAAUAAACGCCACUGUGAAGCAUCUCCAUGGUCUCGCGUCCUGUUGCUCGGUUUUUAAAAUUGAACUCCCAAUAAUCGAGUCCCAGUGAAAGCCCCAUCCUUACAUCAGCAGCUGGACUCCUCUCCACUCCCCCAUCUCUCUACAAGCCGAGCCUACUCCCUCCUCACCAGUCUAACCAAUGAGUUUCGGCGGAGGAAGAAAAAAAAAUCAGGCAGUGUGUUAUGGGAGAGGAUUAAAACAAGUGUGUUUAAGUAAAGAACAACGACAGGUAGGAAGGAUCUGAUCUUGGCUCCUCAAAGCACAGCCCUGCCACCUUCAUGUCCUGUCUCCCGUCAUUACCGAGGUGAGAUGAUACUCCUCGCAAGGGGAUAGCUCUGACAGGCAGUAAUAACAGAUUGGGUUUUGCUCUGGUCCCCCGGGACUCAACGGGAAUCUCUGUUCUUUUCAUGAAAUCUGCACCAAGUCAAAAGAGCCUGUCUCCUGUGAGCGUGCCACGUCUUUACUGAGAUCCCACGAAACCCACCACUUCAUUUUCCCAUCCCUCGGAGCUACCACAUCGCACUGCUUCACUCGCCCUGAGCCAGGAUGAAUGAUGUUCAGGAGGCCACCUCCCCUGCGACCAGCCUCAGCGGUCCGGCUACCUGCGUCUCCAAAGUAGAGCUGCGCGUGUCUUGCAAAGCCCUGCUGGACCGAGACACGCUGAACAAGUCAGACCCAUGUGUCAUACUCAUGGUGCAGAACAACGGACAGUGGACAGAGCUGGACAGGACGGAAGUGAUCAAGAGCAACUUGCACCCGGUCUUUGCCAAGGUUUUCACAUGGGACUACUACUUUGAGGAGGUUCAGAAGCUGCGAUUUGAAGUGUACGACAUCCAUGGAACUCACAGCAUCGGGACCCGCGAUGAUGACUUCCUGGGUGGGGUGGAGUGCACUCUUGGCCAGAUCGUGGCCCAAAAGAAGAUGGUGAAACCUUUGUUGCUGAAGUAUGGGAAAUAUGCAGGAAAAUCCACCAUCACGGUGCACGCCGAGGAAAUUUCUGGCAACAAUGGGUAUGUGGAGCUCUCCUUCUGUGCCAAGAAGCUCGAUGAUAAGGAUCUCUUCAGCAAGUCAGACCCAUUUUUGGAAAUAUACAGAAUCAAUGACGAUGACACCGAACAGCUUGUCCACAGAACAGAGGUGAUCAAAAACAACCUGAACCCUGUGUGGGAGCCUUUCAAAGUGUCUCUCGUAUCUCUGUGCAACUGUGAUGAGGAGCGGAAGCUCAAGUGCCUAGUGUGGGAUUAUGACUCCAGAGGGAAACACGACUUCAUCGGCGAGUUCUAUGCCACUUUCAGGGAAAUGCAGAAAAUUUCCAGUGGAAAUAAGGUGACGUGGGACUGUGUGAAUCCCAAGUACAAACAGAAGAAGAGAAACUAUAAAAAUUCAGGAGUUGUCAUCCUCAGUGACCUAAAGCUCCACAGAGUGUACUCCUUCUUAGAUUACAUCAUGGGAGGAUGCCAGAUUCACUUUACGGUUGCCAUCGACUUCACAGCCUCCAAUGGAGACCCCAGGAACAGCUGCUCUUUGCACUACAUCAACCCUUACCAGCCCAACGAGUACCUGAAGGCUCUGAUAGCAGUGGGGGAGAUCUGUCAAGACUAUGAUAGAUCCUCCUAUUGA